GUAUCUGAAAGGUUUUACAGUGUGCUGUUAUGUGGCCUGCACUUGAAGAGUUGUAUCUGACUUCAAACAACAUCACUAGUUUAAAAAGGCCUAUGAAUUGUCUUCAGUCUCUGACACUACUUGAUAUUUCAAACAAUCACAUUAUAGAUGGAAACCAACUUCAUGCAAUUUCUGAUUUACCAAGAUUAAAGCACCUUAACAUUUCAAAUAACCUGAUUUCAUCAAUGACAUUUAUUGCCCAUCAUGAUUGCUGCACUGAAAGUUUUGCUUCCUUAAGUAGCUUGUCAGUUAACAGCAAUAAUAUAUCACAGUGGUCUUUUAUCAAUGAGUUGAACAAACUUAGCAAUUUGCAGUCUUUAAAUUGCCAGAAUAACCCACUAAUGGAUUCUGACAAGAACCCGGAAACUGUCCGACAGCUUGUAAUUGCAAAGAUAGCAAGGCUAACCGUUUUAAACAGGACUGAGAUUAUUCCACAAGAAAGAAAGGGAGCUGAACUCGACUACAGAAAAAUGUUUGGCACUGAAUGGUUAAAAUCUGGUGGAAAUCGGAACACUGACCUUAAUAACCCAACCAUGGAGUUUCUGACAGAACAUCCUCGAUACAGUGAACUUAUAGAAAAAUAUGGGGCACCAGAUGAUGCAGAAAUCAAGCAACCAGAGCCGUUUGCCUUGAAAAAUCAACUGCUUACUUUAACUAUUAUGUGCCCUGAAAAACCAGAUCAAAAGCCAAUAAAAAAGAAAUUACCCGAUUCUAUGACUGUCCAAAAGGUAAAGGGCUUACUUUAUCGUUUACUCAAGGUGCCAAGUUCAGAACUGAAAUUGUCAUAUGAAAGCUCCAAAAUGGAAGGCAAAGAAAUUCAACUAGAGAAUGACCUAAAGCCACUACAAUUUUACUCUAUGGAAAACGGAGAUUGUGUCUUGGUCAGAUGGUAAAAGAAGGAUGGAACAGUUGAUUCAAAACAUUGAAACCUCUGGCAUUGCUAAAUGUUUUCUAAAAGGAUUAAUAUGCUCCAGCAACCUACACCUAAACUCCUUUGAGCUGCAUUGUAAAUUAUUUUCCUCUGCAUGUGAAUGGGAUGGCAGUAUUUGUGAUGUUUUAAAGUAAACUUCCAUGUAAAACA